AGGGGCUCUCUCAUCCCGGGCGGAGGGAAACAGUAGACAGAUCAGUGAGUCUGAGAGACUGCAGGCGUCUCUGUGAUCUCCGCGCGCGAGGCUGCCGCACCACAGAGCGCGCGCCGCAGCGCAUCAUCACCGGAUAGGCAACAACAACAACAAAAAAAAAGGAUUUCUGGUUUUUCCAUCUCUCCCCCCUCAUCUCGGUGUUUCUUCUCGUGCACUUUAAGUGGAGCAGCUCGCCAAGAUGAUGUCCAUGAACAGCAAGCAGCCGCACUUCGCCAUGCACCCCCCCCUGCCGGAGCACAAGUACACGAGCCUGCACUCCAGCUCCGAGGCGAUCCGGAGAGCCUGCCUGCAGACCCCGCAGCUGCAGAGCAACAUCUUCGCCAGCCUGGAUGAGACGCUGCUGGCGCGCGCGGAGGCUCUGGCCGCCGUGGACAUCGCCGUGUCCCAGAGCAAGACGCACCCGUUCAAGCCUGACGCCACCUACCACACGAUGAGCACGGUGCCGUGCUCGUCCACGUCCACCGUGCCGUUGGCGCACCACCAUCACCACCAUCAUCACCACCACCACCAGAACCUGGAGCCCCCGGACAUCAUGGAGCACCUGGGCUCGCCGUCUCUCACCCUCAUGUCCAGCGCACACGACGGGACGGGCGGAGGCGGCGGGGGAGGUGGAGGCGGCGGCGGCGGGCUCCUCUCCACCUCCUCCGCCCACGCGCACCCCCACAUGCACGGCCUGACCCACCUGUCCCACCAGGCCAUGAGCAUGAACCCGUCGCUCAGCCACCACGGGCUCCUGCCGGGCCACCACGGGACGGGCCAGGGCGGCCCGGGACUCACGAACCCCGGCCUGCACUCCAUCAACGACUCGGACACGGACCCGCGCGAGCUCGAGGCGUUCGCGGAGCGCUUCAAGCAGCGGAGGAUCAAGCUGGGGGUGACCCAGGCGGACGUGGGCGGCGCCCUGGCGAACCUCAAAAUCCCGGGCGUGGGCUCCUUGAGCCAAAGUACAAUUUGCCGGUUCGAGUCCUUGACACUGUCCCACAACAACAUGAUCGCCCUCAAACCCAUCCUGCAGGCCUGGCUGGAGGAGGCGGAGGGCGCGCAGCGGGAGAAGAUGAGCAAACCGGACAUUUUCAACGGCGGGGAAAAGAAACGGAAGCGGACCUCUAUAGCGGCCCCGGAGAAGAGGUCCCUGGAGGCCUACUUCGCGGUCCAGCCGCGCCCCUCCUCCGAGAAAAUCGCGGCCAUCGCGGAAAAGUUGGACCUGAAAAAAAACGUGGUGCGCGUGUGGUUCUGUAACCAAAGACAGAAGCAGAAGAGGUUGAAGUUCUCUGCGACGCACUGA